GUUGGCCUGUGCCUUGUGGGCUGUGGCGAUUGGGCGGAGGAUGAGGCGCGUGUGAGCCACACCACGCCAGGCUACACCUUCCUCCGCCGCACACCGCGCCCCCGAACCCCUCUGAAAAUCACUCCCCACCGGCCACCGCUCGCAUUCUUACAACAGCCAUGGCCACGGCGGCCUCGCCGCCGGCGGCAGCCUCCGCUCGGGCGUCGGCGAUCCGCUCCCGCGCUGGCCGCCUCUCCCUCCCCUCGGCCCUCCCGGCGGACGGCCGUGGUGACACUGCCACCACCUACAAGGAGCUCGGCUUGUACUCCUGGAAAAGGAGGAUCGAAGAUGCGGUUAUCCGGGUCGAGUUGUCUGCAUCCAAUGCACUGGAGAGGGAGGAAGCACGGAGAAUCAAACACGAAGAAGUAUUGCAAAGCCGUAACUUGUGGGACAAUCCGGCCAAGUCACAUGAGACGCUCUCGGCUCUGUCGGAUGCCAUCAGAGCGGUUGAUCAUCUCAAAGACCUUCUAUAUAAGGCUGAAGAGGCUAAGUUGAUAAGUCAACUAGCAGGCAUGGAUGUCAUAAAUGGAGAGCUAUUUAAGCAAGCAUAUGAUAUCUCUUUGGAUGCUAGUGAGUUUCUAGAUCGUUACCAGAUGUACGAGCUUCUUAAGGGUCCAUAUGACAAGGAAGGAGCUUGUAUCAUGGUCACUGCUGGAUCUGAGGGUGUUGCUUCAGAGUUAUGGGCAGAGAAGCUAUUUGGCAUGUAUACAAGUUGGGCACGGAGGCAACGUUUCAAAGAAGGACUGGUAGAGAAGAUCGCAUCAAUAAGUGGUCAUAUCCAGUUUGCAGCGUUGGAGAUUGAAUCAGAGUACAUGUUUGGUACCCUUUCUGGAGAAAAAGGAAUGCACAGAAUGAUCUACUCUUCUGUUGAAAAUUCUGGCACUGGCGAGGCGAUUUCAGCUAGAGUCGAUAUAAUUCCUCUCUUCUUGGAUAGACCAGUUAAUUUUCACUUGGACGACAACGAUCUGGAGAUUUCUCCACUACCCAGUGAAUGUGAAAAUCGAGAUCGAAGAAAUGGCGCCACUGUGAGAGUUCAACACAUACCGAGUGGAGUUACUGCCGAAAGCUCAGGUGAAAGAAGCUAUUUCGCAAACAAGCUAAAAGCCGUGAGCAGGCUGAAAGCAAAGCUACUCAUCAUAACAAGAGAACUAAGAGUACCAGACGCGAAGAUGAUCGAGAAACAAGCCGUGGAGGAAGGAUGCAACCGCGAGACGAGACGAUACACGUUCGGGCCCCAGGAAUUGGUCCAUGAUCUUAACACGGGCAUCCAGUUGUCCGACCUUAACUCGGUCCUGGAAGGCGACAUCGAACCGUUCAUCAGGGGUCGUAUUGUUUCAAGACAUGGAUGACGAUACGCAAGAAUUCGUGUGCAGUUCUGUAAAUCCGAAAGUGCCUUUCUGCUCCCGAGCUCAUUUGAGCUCGGUGAACAGUAAAAUCGAAAAAAAUUCAAAAAAUUCCAAAUUUUUUUUGAGAGAAACAUUGACAAAAGUUAUAAGUGCCUGCAAAAAUUCAUCAUGAAAUCACAUUCCUGUAAGGCGUGGCAAAAAAAAAUUUCAGUGCUUCAAAAUGCUUUUGAAAGUAGCUUUUUCAGAGUACUGUUUUUUUUUUUUUGCCAUGCCUUCUAGGAAUGUGAUUUCAUGACGAAUUUUUGCAAGCACUUAGAACUUUUGUCAAUGUUUCUCCCAAAAAAAAUUGGAUUUUUUUGAAUUUGUUUUGAUUUAGUUUUGAUUUUACUGUUCACCCGAGCUCAUUUGAGCUCGGGUGCAGAAACUCCGCGUCCUGUAAAUCCAUUUUUGCUGAUACAGAUAUAGCACAUUACCAGAGGAGAACCUCUGUAACAUGGGUCACAUUUCAAGCCAAAAAGGCAAAUAUACCAGGUAUAGGAAAGCAUGUUCUCUGACCAAA